UUGCCGCAAAAACGCACAACACACAGUAGAGAGAGAAAAUAACGACAACAUAAACCUGCAAGUAGAGAGAGACUGAGAGAGAACAACGACAACAACAAGCUGCAGCUCAUUUCCAUUUCCUCUCCUUCUCCCAAACCAUCGAAAAACCCCACCAUUUUCUUGAUUCUUCAAUAAUUGAUCAUCUCUCUCUCUCUCUCUCUCCCCGCUCAAGUAGAGAGAGAAACACUACGCCUACAACGAUAUAUCUGCAGUGCAUUCCAUUUCACCUUUUCCCCACCUUCUCCGCAACAAUCAACCCCACUCUCUCUCUCUCUCUCUCUCUCUCUCUCCUGUGCAGGAUGCACACUGCUUAUCUCUCUACAUUUUGGGCAUGUCUGAUUUCGCUACUGCAAUGCGGGCUUCUGGCGCAUGCAUUGCUGGACCCGAAUGAUUUUUUGGCAUUACAAUCGGUCAGAAAAAGCUUGAACGAUUUGCCGGGCUCCAACUAUUUCACUUCGUGGGAUUUCACAGCGGAUCCCUGCGGUUUUUCCGGCGUCUUCUGCGACGGCGACCGCGUGAUCGCCCUCAACCUUGGCGACCCCCGUGCUGGGUCGCCCGGGCUAUCGGGCCGGAUCGACCCGGCGAUCGGCAAACUCUCCGCCCUAGCCGAGCUCACCAUCGUCCCGGGCCGGGUCGUUGGCUCGCUGCCCCGCACUCUGUCCCAGCUCAAGUCCCUCAGAUUCCUCGCCAUCAGCCGCAAUUUCAUCUCCGGCGACAUUCCGGCAGGCCUCGGCCAGCUCCGUCGCCUGCAGACCCUCGACCUCAGCUUUAACCAGCUCACCGGAGCUAUCCCUCGCCCUGUCGGAGCGUUGCCGGCGUUAGCUAACGUCGUUCUCUGCAACAACCACCUCACCGGUUCGAUUCCUCCGUUUGUAUCUCAGGAGCUAGCUCGACUCGACUUAAAGCAUAACAACCUAGCCGGGUCGAUCUCCUCGCUCGGGUUCCCCCCAUCGCUCCAGUACAUUUCACUGUCGUCGAACCGCCUUUCCGGUUCGUUAGACCGUGUUUUCUCCGGUUUGAACAAAUUGAGCUACCUCGACCUCAGCAUGAACCAGUUGACCGGCUCAAUCCCGGUCGAGCUAUUCAGUUUCCCUAUCAGCAACCUCCAGCUGCAGAGAAACCAACUCUUCGGGGCGGUCGAACCGGCUGAUCAGGUGACGAUCGCGACCGUCGAUCUCAGUUACAACCGGCUGUCGGGGCAGAUAUCGCCGAUGUUCUCAACAGUACAGAAUUUGUAUAUGAACAACAACCGGUUCACCGGUCGGGUUCCGAGCAGCAUAGUGGACCGGUUAUUGGCGGCCAGCAUACAAGUGUUGUAUUUACAGCAUAAUUUUUUGAGUGGGAUCGAGAUUAAUCCGACGGUGGAGAUUCCUCUGAGCUCAUCACUGUGUCUACAGUAUAACUGCAUGGUGUUGCCCGUAGACACGCCAUGUCCGCUCAAGGCGGGUCCGGACAAAUCAAGGCCUACUUCGCAGUGCAUCGAGUGGAAAGGGUAAAAUGGCUAAUCCUCUCUUCUUUUUGGUGGGACUAAUUUUACUUCACAAUAAUUCAUUUAUUCGUUUAUUUUGUUUUUGGUGAAAUGCGUGAUUGUGAAAUAUAAUUGUGGAUAAUCAAUCCGAAAAUAGGAAAAAAUGACAUUUAGUUGGGUUUUUUAUGGUAUUUUUUGCUUUAUUUCUUUUUAUUUUUCUAGAAAAAUCAAUCGGAGACUAAUUAGGCCAUUAGGCUCCUUUUAUAUAUGUAAUUUUUUUAUAAUGGGAAAUUAGCCUAUGUUUAUUUAUUUUAUUGGGUGGGGGGAUUGCGUGUAUGACUAAUUAUUGAUUUAGCAGCAGAAAGACGUUGGGAGUUGUCAGGAGGCGCUCAUUAUCAUAUUUAUGGCAAUGGUGAUAUAUUCUAGUGAUUUAGAAAUAAGAUUGUAGUUUAGCUUAUGCUAUAUCAGUAUUUGUUUAUUCCGUCAUAUCCACAUUUUUAUGUGGCAUAUUUUUUUAUUUUUGUACUAUUAUAUUUUAUGUUGUAAUACAUGAUAUCUUUUCAUACAAUACAUCAUAUGUAUAAUGUAUGUAUAAUGACAUAAUUGCUAUUUUCAUCA